AUGUACCUAAACUUCCAGGAUGUUAAGCGCUACGUCAUCGCCAUUAUAUCAUCACAUGAUAGGAACCGCAGGUUCAGGUUCGGCAGAAGUUUUGAGUCUCAUCCCAGGGGCUUUGUGUGGAAAGUCACAGUCUUAAACUUGAUAGCUUUCCUAAUCCUGAUCCUCUGCCUGAAAACAGCAACGGCAAACAAACUGGUUUGUUAUUUCACCAAGUGGUCGCAGUACAGAACGGGUGUGGGGAGAUACCUGCCGGGGGACAUAGACCCUUGGCUCUGCACACACCUGGUCUACGCCUUCGCAGUGGUCAAUUAUGCCAAUGAGAUCACAGAAAACGAGUGGAAUGAACACACACUCUACAGGCAGUUCAAUGAGCUCAAAAACAGUAACCCACAGCUGAAGACUCUCCUGUCAGUCAGAGACGACAGCCAAGGAGCUCAGUUCUCCAGCAUGCUGUCCAGCGAGGCUAGCCGUCAGAGCUUCAUCCGCUCCACCAUCUCAUUCCUGAGGGCUCAUGGCUUCGAUGGUCUGGACCUGGACCGGCCCUUUCCCGUCUCUGGUGGGAGCUCAGCUCAAGACAAGAUCAGGUUCUCUCUGCUAAGCAAGGAGCUCCUAGAGAGUUAUAAAGCUGAAGGACAAGGAAGGCCUCGCCUCCUUCUGUCUGCAGCAGUGACUGCAGACACUGAUGCCAUCGAUUUGGGAUAUGAAAUCCCUGAGAUAUCCAAGUACCUGGACUUCAUCAGUGUGAAGACGCAUGACUUUUGGCGAGGCCCAGACAGAGGGACGUACCACCACAGCCCCCUCUUCUGCGAUUCGCUGGACAACAACACAAGUGUAGAUUAUGUCAUGCAGUACUGGAUCACCCGGGGAGCCCCAGCACAGAAGCUCCUGCUGGGACUAGCCUCCCAUGGGUGCUCCUUCACCCUGACCUCCGCUGCAACGGGCAAAGGGGCCCCGGCCAGGGGCCCUGGGAUGUCCGGACCGUACACCCAACAGCUGAGGAUCUGGUCCUACUAUGAGAUCUGCUUGUUUCUCAGAGGGGCGCUUGUCUCGUGGAUCGAUGGUCAAAGUGUUCCAUAUGCUGUUAAAGGGGGCGAGUGGGUCGGCUUUGACAACCAGGACAGCUAUGAUGCCAAGGUGGGCUAUCUUAAGAACCGCAGCUUUGGAGGUGUAGCUCUGUGGACCCUAGACAUGGAUGACUUCACUGGUCAGUUCUGUGGGCAGGGCAAAUAUCCACUGGUGUCCCAUUUAAAAAGGAUGCUCAAUAUAGAACCCCAGUACCCCAUCGCCGUGGUGACACCCCUCCCUCACCAGCACUGCUCCCAGAACAACACCGUUGCGUACCAACGAGAUGGCUUCUGCUCGCGCAAACAGGAUGGACUGUAUCUGAGGUCUGAGAACCCAAAGACCUUCUACAGAUGUCUGCUGCGGCACACGUACGUGACGAGGUGUCACACUGAUGCACAGGCUAAUAACGGGGGCGGGAUCAUCAUGGCGAGGGGAGGCGUAGCGCUCGCCAGAGUGGCGGAAGCAGCGUUGCUGCACAUGUUUUUUGUGUGGAGCCCCUGGUGA